GGGAUAAAAAAGAGAGGCCGUAGGUAGGCUGGCAGAUACGUGCGGUAGGUUACUCCUUUCUGCUUGUGGACGCCGCCGAGGGAACAUCGUUAAGUAACCUCUUCUUACUACCGUCAUGUCUAAGUCAGAGUCUCCUAAAGAGCCCGAACAGCUGCGGAAACUCUUCAUCGGAGGUUUGAGCUUUGAAACAACGGAUGAGAGUUUGAGGAGCCAUUUUGAGCAAUGGGGGACGCUCACGGACUGUGUGGUAAUGAGAGAUCCAAACACCAAGCGCUCCAGAGGCUUUGGGUUUGUUACUUAUUCUACUGUGGAGGAGGUGGAUGCAGCCAUGAAUGCAAGGCCACACAAAGUAGACGGAAGAGUUGUGGAACCAAAGAGGGCUGUCUCACGAGAAGACUCUCAAAGACCAGGUGCCCAUUUAACUGUGAAAAAGAUCUUUGUUGGUGGCAUUAAAGAAGACACUGAAGAACAUCAUCUAAGAGAUUAUUUUGAGCAGUAUGGGAAAAUUGAAGUGAUUGAAAUCAUGACGGACCGAGGCAGUGGCAAGAAGAGGGGCUUUGCUUUUGUUACUUUUGAUGACCAUGACUCCGUAGAUAAGAUUGUCAUUCAGAAAUACCAUACUGUGAAUGGACACAACUGUGAAGUAAGGAAAGCCCUGUCAAAGCAAGAGAUGGCCAGUGCUUCAUCCAGCCAAAGAGGUCGAAGUGGUUCUGGAAACUUUGGUGGCGGCCGUGGAGGUGGUUUUGGUGGGAAUGACAACUUUGGUCGUGGAGGAAACUUCAGUGGGCGUGGUGGCUUUGGUGGCAGCCGUGGUGGUGGUGGAUAUGGAGGCAGUGGGGACGGUUAUAACGGAUUUGGUAAUGACGGUGGUUAUGGAGGAGGAGGCGGUCCUGGUUACUCUGGAGGAAGCAGAGGCUAUGGAAGUGGUGGACAGGGUUAUGGAAACCAGGGCAGUGGCUAUGGCGGGAGUGGCAGCUAUAACAACGGAGGAGGCGGAGGCGGCUUUGGCGGUGGUAGUGGAAGCAAUUUUGGAGGUGGCGGAAGCUACAAUGAUUUUGGCAGUUACAACAAUCAGUCUUCAAAUUUUGGACCCAUGAAGGGUGGAAACUUUGGAGGCAGAAGCUCUGGCCCUUAUGGUGGUGGAGGUCAAUACUUUGCCAAACCACGAAACCAAGGUGGCUAUGGCGGUUCAAGCAGCAGCAGUAGCUAUGGCAGUGGCAGGAGGUUUUAAUGACUGCCAGGAAACAAAGCUUAGCAGGAGAGGAGAGCCAGAGAAGUGACAGGGAAGCUACAGGUUACAACAGAUUUGUGAACUCAGCCAAGCACAGUGGUGGCAGGGCCUAGCUGCUACAAAGAAGACAUGUUUUAGACAAUACUCAUGUGUAUGGGCAAAAAACUCGAGGACUGUAUUUGUGACUAAUUGUAUAACAGGUUAUUUUAGUUUCUGUUCUGUGGAAAGUGUAAAGCAUUCCAACAAAGGGUUUUAAUGUAGAUUUUUUUUUUUCACCCAUGCUGUUGAUUGCUAAAUGUAAUAGUCUGAUCAUGACGCUGAAUAAAUGUGUCUUUUUUUAAGUGUGCUGUGUAAAGUUAGUCUACUCUGAAGCCAUCUUGAUAAACUGGCCCGACAGUGUGAAGUUUAGAAUUCCUUCAGGGUGAUGCCAGGUUCCAUUCAAUAUUUAUUUACAACCUUAGAAGACUGCUUGGGGGCAGAGCGAAGCCAUUGUCUUCAGAAACCUUGGUGUAGUUGAACUGACGGUUAUUGAGUUGUGACCUGGAGUUCACCAUUACAAUGGUCACCCAAGCAAAAUUAUGGGAUUUAUUUGGUUAUAAAAAUGAUUGUUGGCACAUCCUAUGCAAUAUAUCUAAAUUGAAUAACGGUACCAGACAAAACUAGAUGGGAUUGAAACUUAUGUAUCCAUUAUCAUGUGUAAUCAAUAAACGAUUUAAUAUCUUGAA